AUGGAUCUAAAGACAGCAGUGUUCAAUGCAGCUCGUGAUGGCAAACUGCGGCUCCUUGCAAAGUUACUGGCAAACAAAACUAAAGAAGAGGUGGCCUUGCUGAUGUCUGAAAAAACUAGUGGUGCUACACCACUUUUGAUGGCAGCCCGUUAUGGACACCUUGAUAUGGUGGAAUACUUGCUGGAGCAUUGCUGUGCUUCUAUAGAAGUUGGUGGCUCGGUAAAUUUUGAUGGUGAGACCAUUGAGGGGGCUCCUCCAUUAUGGGCAGCUUCUGCUGCUGGUCAUUUGAAGGUAGUCCAAUGUCUGUUAGAUCAUGGAGCAUCUGUCAACAACACAACACUGACAAAUUCAACCCCACUUAGGGCAGCCUGUUUUGAUGGGCACCUGGAAAUAGUAAAGUACCUUGUGGAGCAUAAAGCUGAUUUGGAAGUAUCAAACCGACAUGGGCAUACAUGCCUGAUGAUUUCAUGUUACAAAGGACACAAAGAAAUUGCUCAGUAUUUGCUUGAAAAAGGCGCUGAUGUUAAUAGAAAAAGUGUUAAAGGAAAUACUGCAUUACAUGACUGUGCAGAAUCUGGAAGCUUGGACAUCAUGAAGAUGCUUCUUAAAUACUGUGCAAAGAUGGAAAAAGAUGGCUAUGGAAUGACUCCCCUUCUGUCAGCCAGUGUGACAGGUCAUACAAAUAUUGUGGACUUCCUGACACAGCAUGUACAGACCAGUAAGGCAGAACGUAUUAAUGCUUUGGAGCUUUUAGGAGCAACAUUUGUGGACAAAAAAAGAGAUCUGCUUGGUGCUUUGAAAUACUGGAAAAGAGCUAUGGACAUGAGGUACAGUGACAGGACUAAUAUCCUCAGCAAACCUGUGCCACAAACACUAAUUAUGGCUUAUGACUAUGCCAAGGAGGUGAAUAGUGCAGAAGAGCUAGAAAAUCUUAUUGCAGACCCUGAUGAGAUGAGAAUGCAAGCGCUGUUAAUUAGAGAACGUAUUCUUGGUCCUUCUCACCCAGAUACAUCUUAUUAUAUUAGGUACAGAGGUGCCGUCUAUGCAGACUCUGGAAACUUUAAACGAUGCAUCAACCUAUGGAAAUAUGCUUUGGACAUGCAGCAAAGCAAUUUAGACCCCCUGAGCCCUAUGACAGCCAGCAGUUUACUAUCAUUUGCUGAACUCUUUUCCUUCAUGCUACAGGAUAGGGCAAAAGGCCUCCUAGGCACCACCGUUACAUUUGAUGAUCUUAUGGGAAUACUGUGCAAAAGUGUCCUCGAAAUAGAUCGGGCUAUCAAACAAACUCAGUGUCCACCUGACCAAAUACAGCUGAACAAAGCUCUUUCUAUCAUUUUGCAUUUAAUUUGCUUGCUGGAAAAAGUUCCUUGCAGUCCAGAACAAGACCAUUUUAAAAAGCAGACUAUUUAUAGGUUUCUUAAACUACAGCCUAGAGGAAAGAAUAACUUCAGCCCACUUCAUCUUGCUGUUGAUAAGAAUACUACAUGUGUGGGUCGUUACCCUGUUUGCAAAUUCCCCUCUCUACAAGUUACUGCUAUACUGGUGGAAUGUGGUGCUGAUGUAAAUGUCAGAGACUCUGAUGAUAACAGCCCCUUGCACAUUGCUGCACUGAACAACCAUCCAGACAUCAUGAAUCUUCUUAUCAAGUCAGGUUCACACUUUGACACCACAAACUUGCAUAAACAAACUGCUAGUGAUUUGCUGGAUGAGAAGGAAAUGGCAAAAAAUUUGAUCCAGCCCAUAAAUCAUACUACAUUGCAGUGUCUUGCUGCUCGUGUUAUAGUGAAUCAUAGCAUAUGUUAUAAAGGGAACAUCCCUGAAAAGCUAGAGAACUUUGUGUUGCUCCAUAGAUGA